ACAAAAUUUCAUAUGAUCGAGCUAACCUUGAUCGCGUCGAAUCACCUUUCUGUGUACCUAUGAGUACUACUUUAAGAGAUCAACAAUUACUUCAUUUUUACAUGCUGCUUAAAAGUUUCUGCAACUUAUUGCGUAUAUCUGAUGAGUGGACUUGAUGAAUGAUUUCUCAAAGAAAAGAAGCGAAGCAAAGUGAAGUGCGAGUUGUACUGCGACUGGCUGCCCACAUCUUUAGUAGCUGAUACAUUGUAGCCUGUAUAGGAGUAGUAUUUCUGUACUGUGUCUAUCCUGACUCUAUAAAUGUUUAAGGCUGAUCUAGAGGUCACGGGUAUCUCCCGUAGUGGUCGCGUGAGGAAGAAAUCUUCCAAGCUCGUCGACUUCGAAUCCGAUGAUCUUACGGAAAAUAAACUCAAGCGACAAAAGGCGCAGCAGCUACAAAGUCAGCAGUUCUUAGAUCAGUAUGAAGUACAACAGCAGCAACAGCAGAUAUUGCCCAUGCAAUCUACCCAAAUGGGUAACGUUGGACAACAGAGAAAGAAUUCAGGCUCGAUACAUGUACAACAAAGGCUUAAGGUGGAAUCUCUGUCUGAUAAUGAGGGUCAGUCGUCCAGUUCAGAAUCCGAUGAUCCCUCUGGGAUAAACGAAGAUGAGAGCAUAGACUCUGGAAGCGACAAUGAAGUAGAUCCUCUUUUAAUUGACGAAAGAGAAAUGGGAUUCAGAAAGCUAGAGCCACAACUAGGUCAGGAAACACCAUCACAAGCAAAUAGUUUAUAUAUGCUUGAAAAAUCUAAGAAAAAAUUGGUUAUUAAGGAUGGAAAAAUUGUAGGCAAAACAAAAUCCCAACGCAAAGAUAAAGGGAAAACGAGAUUUACUGCUUACAUGCUAUGGGCAAAGAAAAUUAGGCAAGAACUGUUAGAGCAAUCUCCUUACAUGGAUUUUGCGGCAAUUUCUAAGCGAUUAGGAGAGCUGUGGGCUACAGUACCACAUCUGGAAAAAUAUAAUUGGCGCAGACGUGCAAAGCGCUUAGCAGCAAAGCCUCACUCUUUACCAGCAAAUAAAGAUGAGCCUGUUUGGAAAAUGCCACCACCCGCCUCGCGAAAAAAAUUCAUUAAUAAAAUUGGUAAUGGGAAAGAAACAAAGCCUGCUUCUACAAAGAAAACUAUUCAACUCGGUGUGCCGUCUGUCGUUGGAAAUGUUUCAAUCUCAUCACCGUCAAAUCGUACCAAUAAAGAUCUGGUUAACGAGCCAGUAAUAGGCACAGGAAUGUAUAAAGUCGUUGGAACGCAACCAAUUGAUGUUGCAGCUCAUCUUAAAUUGCUUGGUGAAAGCUUGACAAUCAUCGGAGAACGUUUGAAGGAGCACGAUGGUCAAAUAGCUGUUUCUGGCAGUCUUUCGGUUCUACUGGAUUCAUUGCUCUGUGCCUUAGGUCCAUUAAUUUGUUUAACGCAGCAAUUGCCAGAAACUAAUGGAGCUAAACCUGAAACACUUUCUCAAAUGCUCGAUAACAUUGCUUAUCUUAUGCCUGGUCUAUAAUGUACAAAAUAUGUAAGUGUAUAUUCAUAAUAAGUGUAAAUAGAAAAGUAGUAUGAAAAAUUAGACAUAAAAAAAUAUAUAUUCUACAAGCGUGAAAACAAAGAUAAUGUUCAUUUAAAAAU